AUGCGACCAAAGCACUGGCGAUUCACCGUCUGCAGGUCGUACGCUACUCACAACGAUCGGGUCGCUGCAUCGUCUCUUCUCUCCAGUGCACUGGAACAGAAACAACGAGAGACUCGCGGAGAAGACUAUGUGGGCCCAUUCCAGCUGGGGAUCAUUCCACCUACACCGCGGGGCGGCGGUAACACCAAGAAGUGGUCCGAACUGAGUACGGCUGGUAAAGUUGCGCGAACGACUGCACGCACGACAAACCUCGCGGUGAUCCUCGUCGGUGCCGGCCUGUCAGCCGUGCUCAUCUACGCCUUGACCUCGGAGCUCUUCUCCAAGAACUCGGCUACUGUGCUGUACGGAGAAGCCUGCGAGAAGAUCAAAGCAUCCCCCGCUCUUGCGAGAUACCUACAGGGCUCGCUUGUCUUCCACAACAAUCCCCCGUCUCUGGCCCGUCCACGACACCGCAACCACCAUGUCGCGUCACAAGUGGUCGUCGAUUCUGCGAAUAGGGAGCACAUGCUGCUACACUUCUAUGUCCAAGCUCGCUCAAUGGGGUCGAGAGCAUCUGAGGAAGACUCAGAGGAUGUGUCCUACGCUGAAAAGGCAUCAGCUUGGGUGAAGCGGACAACAUCGUCAUUAGCGAAUCUGACAACGGACGAGCUCGUGGAGAAGACCAAGGCCCGUGCUCAGGCAACCAUGGAUUCAGCCAAGGAGCUCUUCCAUUUCCUGAGUGGUGAUCCCCUGCCGCGAUCCCAACUGGAACAGCCGACGAAGGAAGAGGUCAAGCAGGAGAAGGAGGAGAAAAGGUGGACCUCCGGUUUCACCGGUUUGUUCUCGGGGUUGAGGAGCACGACCAAAAGUUCGACGGAGAGUGGGGACACUGCGGACGGCAGUACUUACUCAGAGGGCGAGGUGCACGCCGACCUGAUACUGGAUGAUGACGGAUAUUACAAGUUCCGGUACCUAUUCGUGGAUGUUCCAAAUUCACGAAGCUGGAACUCCAAACGGAUCUUCAUUGAACGCUCUGCGGGCGUAAGAGACAACGAGCCCAUAAUGUCAUGGUAUUCAUAA